CUUGUCGAAACUUCAUACCCCAAACCUCACUCUAAAAAAUUAACGGAUACGGAUUCAACGCAAAGUUUAUGGUUCAAAGUCCAGGAGGAACAUUUGCUGUCGAAUUGCUGAUUACGAGAAACUGGUUCUGUAGUUAUAGACAGUGACAAUGAACGAACCUAGUGAAGUUAGGUGCACAAAAACGAACUUUUCUCUGAUCAUUUGGAGAGUUUGCAACGUAUGCAUGUCAUUGUUCUUUGCUCUAGCAAGUUAUGUGCAGAUUAACGAUCCGGAUGCAGUGUUAUGGAUGGUUGCCUAUGCUAUUCCAGCAAGUCUGUGUUUAUUGAUUGCCAUUAAACCACAUGUAACAGAGACACUACUUUGGAGGAGAAUUGCUAAACUUCAUGUGCUUAUUUCGACUGCUGUUGUUUCCAUUAUGGGAUGGACUCUGUAUAAAAAGCGCAUCACAAAUAUCUUUCAGCAAGAGGAGGGAAGGGAAUUCUCUGGUCUCAUGUUGAUACUUGUCUGGCUUCUCCUGUGUCAACACUCUGGAAGUUCUAUUGGGGCUCUCAGACUGUCCGUUGCUGUUGCCAUCACAAUCUUCCCCUUUGUGGCCUGGCUGUACUACUACAUUAACAAGGAGCUGAGGACCAGCUGGCCCCAGCAUUGUAAAACUGCACUGUAGAUAUCCAUUCAUUAAGAUAGUCCAGUGACGAGUGAGCAACAUAUCUGUGGGAUGGAACAUUUACAAGAGGAUAUGACCUAGCUACAGAGGCAGUAUGGAAAUCAUGAAUGCAUUGUUUAAAAAGACACAUGUAAAAAACACCCCUGCUAAACCAUACAUCGUGAUAAUGUAUAUGAUUGAUACAUUUUCCUUUUUUUACUGGAAUCAUACUUUUCUCUUUCUGAACAUGUUUGCUGUUGUAGGCAACCCAUUGCACUUGUGGUGAUAACUGGUGUAAUCACAGUAAAAUAAAGCUAUUUAAUAAGAAAUAUAAA